AUGCCAUCUCAUUCACGAAUUCCCAUAACAAUCAUCACCGGCUUCGCGGGGUCUGGAAAAACAACUCUAAUCCUCAAUCUUCUUCCGCAACUGCGCGCCGAGAAUCCAGGCUACACUCUCGCCCUCAUCAAGAAUGAAAUUGGCGAUCUCGCAGUCGACACCCAGCUCGCCGCAGCCGCCGAGCUAGCAGCAUCGAAAGAACUUCUCGGAGCAUGCAUCUGCUGCACCAACAUCGGACAAAUCGAAGAGAACCUCGAACAGCUUGCGGAAGAUGUCAAGCCAGACCGGAUCAUCAUCGAGACUUCUGGAUCCGCGGAGCCGCUGAAGCUGGUGCUGGAAGUGAACCGCGUGGCGAAGCUGACGGGCAAGUUCGAGCUGGAUGGCAUCGUAUCGGUCGUGGAUGCGGAGAACUGGAACGGGUAUGCGAGUCAGAGUUAUACGGCGAAACUGCAGGCAAAGCAGACGGAUAUGAUUGUGAUUAACAAGUGGGAGAGUCUGGGCGAGAGGGAGUUUGAUCUGUUUCUAGAUAAGUUGGGAGAGUUGGAUGUGGAGACGCCGCAGGUGAAGAGCAAUAAGGGCGUUUUGCCUGCGGAUUUGCUAUUUGGAUUGGAUGGAAAGAUGCUCAGGGGUUGGUUGGAUGGCGCGAAGGGAGGGCAUGAGGGACAUGAUCACAAGGAGGGCGAGAAGUGCGACCAGCAAUAUCAUCAUUCAAGUGAAGUGGAGUGUGUUUCGGUCACGUUGACUUCUGAUUCGAAAGGAGCUGGCGUGGAUUUGAAAAGGCUUGAGCAAAUGCUGCGUGCGGCGCCAAAGGACGAGGUGUAUCGGAUCAAGGCAGUCCUGUACGCCAAUUCUUCCCCAAAGGCGUCAGACGGAGAGGUUGUCAACGAGAACGCACAAGGCCGAUCAAGAUACAUCCUCAACUGGUCGUUCGGCAGGUGGACUUGGUCACACAACGAAGGCGAGGCCGGCGAUGCAGAUGCUCCAGUCCUGCGCAUGUCAAUAUUUACAGCACCGUACGAGUCGACGAAAUGGACGAAGAAGGUCGAAAGUGGCAAUUUCGUGGCUCUUGCAGACGGAGCAGAAGGCAAGCUAGAGGCCAAGAAGGUGCAAUGA